GCUGCUGCUUUUAUUCCUGACUUCACAGCAAACCAUGGACAGUGAGGAAGCCAAUGAAAUAAUUGACCAUGUCAUGUCCAUAUGGUCCACCUUGCUAAGACAACGUGGUACUCGGCCCCCUGCAGAUAAUUCUGCUCGAUGUUCUUCCACUUUGUCUUCUACCUUGACAUCUCACACCGCAGCUUUGAAUGACUACAAUCAGUUUCUAAGUGAAAUUCGAAAGCAUAGUGAAGGUGUGUUGCGGUACGAAAACCAGGCGCUUUUGGAUAAGGCCAUGGACUGCAUUCCUCUUCAGCGGCUAUACGAUGAAGCAGAGACUGAAUCGUACGAGGAUGAUCUCGACUCGCGCGUCAUUCGACGAUUGCUGCACUGGUUUAAACAUGAAUUUUUUACCUGGGUAGAUCAACCUUUGUGCGAUCACUGUGGUGGGCAAACGCGCUAUGUCAUGCAUACCACGCCUACCGCGGAGGAUCUCCAGUACGAUGCUCCCACUGUUGAACUAUAUGCUUGUUUGACGUGCAAGCAGCAUACGCGAUUCCCACGCUACAAUGAUCCAGGCCGAUUGCUGGUCACCCGACGAGGUCGGUGCGGUGAAUGGGCAAAUUGUUUCACCUUGUGUUGUCGUGCCAUUGGCGUCGAAGCGCGAUUGGUGUUUGAUAAGACAGAUCAUGUGUGGACGGAAGUAUUCUCCGAAUCUCAACAGCGAUGGAUUCAUUGUGAUGCGUGUGAAGAAGCUUACGACCGUCCACUUCUUUACAGUGCCGGAUGGAACAAGCAGCUCACCUACUGUAUUGCUUUCUCAUGUGAAGAAGUCGUCGAUGUCACUCGUCGUUACACGCGCAACUGGCCAACCGUCUUGUCAAGGCGAACCUUGGUGGAUGAAGACAGAUUAUGCAAGUAUUUGGAGACGCUUUCAACCAAGCGACAGCGUCAAUUAUCGGAUGCAAGAAGACUGGAACUUAAGGGACGUCAUGCGCGUGAAGAGCAAGAAUUAAUGCAAGCGAGUCAACGUCAGCAUGUCAAUGACGACGAGCUUGUCGGUCGGCAAAGUGGGUCGUUGGCUUGGCGCAUGGCCAGAGGAGAACAUGCAAACCAAAGCGGUCACGAUCCAAUCAAAAAAUACGUUUUGUCGUGUGAGCAAGUGGUUUUACCGAACGUGGGUGACACACAACAUACGCAUUUGGCGGGCACGGCGACGGUCCUUGACAAUGGCAAUCAAACGGCGAUUGUGCGACUAACCCAAGAUGAACCUUCUCAAUGCGGCGGAGUUUUUUGCGAGACGUCUCUCGACCUCACAUCAGGAGGAUUCGAGGUAGAGUUCGCCUUUCGUAUAACCGACCGUAAUGGACAACCAUCUCGUGAAGGAGCUGAUGGGCUCGCCUUUGUCAUACGUGGCGAUUCCGAUGUAACAUUAGGACGAGGUGGUUGUGAUCUAGGAUAUGGCGGUCUACGUAACAGUUUAGUCAUUGAAUUCGAUACUUACAAGAGCUCAGAUCGGUGCGCAGACCCGUCGGGUAAUCAUAUCAGUAUUCAGGGCCGCUUACCGCCAUUGGGUAACUCGGCCCAUCAUGAUUUUUCCUUGGGUCACACAUCCCGAAUUCCUAUCAUGACUUGUGGCGAGUGGAUUCAUGUGAGAGUAAGGGUGCUUACCGGGACCCAACAGAUAGAGAUAAGCUUAGCGACAGAUGUGAAGGGUCAUCCUACGGACAAAGAUUACACCCCUGUACUGACCACGCAAGUUGACAUCUGCCGUUACAUUAACCAUCCUACUAACGCCUGGAUUGGCUGGACCGCCAGUACCGGUGGUUUGUCCCAAAUUCACGAUAUCCAAAUUUUACGGGCCGCCACCUACCAAUCACGUCCCGCCGAAUAAAAAAAGCGAUAAUGAUUUCUCUCAAUGAUGAUGAUGUGGUUCUCAAAGUUUGGAACAAGUCCGAAAAACUGUGGGAACGAAAAUACACAAGGACAAAAGGGCAAGGUUUCCCGAUCUUCCCCGCGUCGAGUAAGAAAAAAAGAUCUGGUGAGGAAAAAAUUUAGGUUUCCAGAUCAGGUUAAUGACCCUUUUCAAUGAUGAAAUUAUAAUCUCCAUUUGGUGGAUUUGCAUAUUGCGGUCAUUUAUCAUGUGUCACAUGGUCCCGAUCCACCUUUUCUGUCGUCUUCUUUCACCACCAUCUAUCAACACACUUUUCAUACCAUUUCCAACCAUCUUUGAAUAAAAAGCAC